GAUAGAUAAGGCGUGGAAUUAAUUGCAGUUGUGUUUCAAUCGUAAUUCAAUCGCAAUAUUCUUCAAGAUAUUAUUUGCUUCCUUCAAUUCAUCCACACGCAAGGUGUUGGCUGCUGGUAAAGCUUCAUUCGAUUCCUCUUGGAGUCUCGCAAAAUUCAAUAACAAUAUACACGGUUCAUGAAUAUCUAUCUAUCAUGCGACGUAGCCGGUUAAGCUUUGCUUGUUUAUUCAUUGUCAUAGCCGGAAUACUUUGGCUAUCACAUUCGACAAUAAGAGAAACAUAUGAUCGCGCGAAAUCGAACUGGGCGGCGCAGAAAGAAGAUAAUGGACACGUUCACGAGCCCGAAGACAUAGUCAUAUCGAAACCAAACUCAAUCAUCCCACCAGCUAAAGUACCAAUAGCAGCAGAGGUCCCCCUCAAUCUCAAUUUCCCACCACAAGCCCCCCCUUCUCCUCCCGAUGCCUCAACUUCUACGGUAGAAAGUAGCUCCGCAUUCGACGACAUGAAAUUUCCCUUCCAGGAAGAUCUCUCCCUUCCUCUUCCGACGGUCGAUCUCAAAACUCUUGCAGAUAAAUGGCCUCACAACUAUGACCCCGCUCUGCCAGUGGGUUCCAGGUUCGCUUAUGCAACUUUCAUGAAUACCCAUAACCCUUCAAUUCGCGACCCCUAUUUCAUGGCCGUCCAAUCUCUCAUUUAUCGCGUUCUUUGGCGAUCAUCUUCUAAAACUCAUUCUUAUCCAUUCAUCGCUUUUGUCGCUUCCUAUGUUACUCAAGAGCAAAGACAAUUACUUGCAGGUGCAGGAGCUAUUGUCAGAGAACUGGGCCCAUUAGAUUGGAACCCUAGUAGAAAAGAUUUGUCGGAUGGAGAAGACAAACCAAUCUAUUCGCGAUGGAAAGAUACCUUUUCAAAAUUACACAUGUGGGCACAAACGGAUUUCGAUCGGUUAUUGUUCUUGGACGCGGAUGCUUUUCCGUUAGAGAAUAUUGACGAGAUGUUUGAUUUAGUUGCUCCCAAAGCCUGUAAUGCACUCAAGCAAGAACCAAGUGAUCUUUUCCCUGACGGAUCAGCGAGCUGCAAUGGUGAAGAAUUCAUCUUCUCGGGAGUGCCUCAACUUCCCGGCAUUCCGGUGGAGAUCAAUGUAGGAGCAAUGGUGUUCACACCGAGUCAAUUGAUUUAUGAUAAGUUUUUGCAAAAUUAUCAGAAAUACAAUAUGUAUAAUACGAAUAUGGCAGAUCAGGCAUUCUUUGCAUGGCAAUUUAAACAGGAUGGCGCGUUCCCCGUGACACCAUUGGAGAGGAAAUGGGGAGGGUUCUUUCCCCAUGAAGAAGAUGAGGGGAAAUUGAAGGUGGUUCAUGAGAAAUUGUGGGCUACGCGAGGGUGGCUACUGGAAGAGUGGAUGGAGGGUUGGAGGGAAAUGCUGGAAUGGUACAAUGGGGGUGGGUUUAAGGAGGAAAGGAAUAAGGAUGAGUUUUUCAAACCAAAGUUGGGAAAACAUUUGGGGAGUGGCGAGGUGUUGUAGGGUUCUUUGGGUUUAUUUUAUGCGAAACUAUGAAGCGAUCAGUCAAGAUGAGUUAGACGGCUUGUCUCAGUAUAUUUAACUAGGCUGAUACUCCAUAGAUUCGUUAUCCUUUUUCUAUCUCCAUGCGAUAAAUGCAUAAACUACAGGACUAGUAUAUGUGAGAGGAGACACUUGAACCGUGAUCAGCUUGGUUGUUUGGCAUGUAGUCGUGCCAGCGACUGAUUUAUGUAGACCAGAAAUCCAUUAAUGAUAUAUUA